UGGACAGUGUGGAAGCUAUCUUCGAUGUGCAAUCAUAUUCCUCAAGACGGGCGUAUGAAUUCAUGUUCGUUCUAUUGGCCUAUACGGAUUUAGUUUUAUUAUUGUCAUUCAAUAAUUCGAUACUACAGCAUUGUUUGCAGUAAAUAUUUUACAUAUUUAAAUAUUUUAAUUAGAUUGGUAAAAAAUUGAGAAAUGGAUUCUACCUUAAAUAUUGAGGAGAAAGAAAUUGAAACAAAAAAUGGAAGCCAAAAAGUUAACGCUGAUGUGGUUAAAAUUACUUCCCAAGAUUACGAUAACUUCAAUGAAAAGCAAUUAGAAUCUGAUAUUCACAGUGAUUUUGAAAAUUCCGUCACUCCAAGAGAUAAUGAAGAUGACAACGAUCUAAAAAUUGAAGAAAGCGAAACGGAAGACUUCAAUUCAGAAGACGAAAAUACAACAGAUUUAGGACAAAACCCAUCUAAACCAAUAGAAAAGCCGUGUUUAAAUAAUGACUCAUCAGAUGCGGAGAGAACUCUUAAGAUGGAAAACCCCAUUAUUAUCGAUUCAUCUAUUAAGACGAACCCAUCCAUAUCUGUGGAAAAUUUGUCCACCGUUUCUGAGAAUAAUUUAAAGUUGGAUAUAGUAGAGGGCAAUACUAUUGGUGAAAACUCGUCGAAUGCAGAAAAGGCAUCAUCCGAAGAAGAUGCGUUGAACAUUCUAUAUGAAGGCGAAGAAGAUAAAAGGACCGAAGUUUGUUUAUCACAGGACAACACUAAAUAUUCGGAAGAAAAAAAUGUCAAUGAAAAAACAACCAGUGCAUCUGAUUUGAAAACCGAAAACUCUACAGCAGACAGUGUUUCGCUAAAUGAAUCUAAUGUCAAUGAAGAAACAACCAGUGCAUCUGAUUCGAAAACCGAAAAAUCUACAGCAGAAUGUGUUUCGCCAAAUAAAUCUAAUGUCAAUGAAGAAACAACCAGUGCAUCUGAUUCGAAAACCGAAAAAUCUACAGCAGAAUGUGUUUCGCCAAAUAAAUCUAAUGUCAAUGAAGAAACAACCAGUGCAUCUGAUUCGAAAACCGAAAAUUCUACAGCAGAAUGUGUUUCGCCAAAUGAAUCUAAUGUGAAUAAACGAACAACCACUGCAUCUGAGUUUUCGGCCGAAAACACUAAAGCAGAUGGUGCCUCGCUAAAUGAAUCUCAGAACGAAUUUAAUAACCAAAUUCUGGACAUUAUAUCGGAUAUAGAUAUAAAUAUUAAGGCACAGGAAAAAAUAACGCAGCUAAAAGAGCAAGAACUGAAACUCAUUCAGAAACAGAACGAUCUGACAAAUAAAAUCCAAAAGCAGCAGAUCCUAGCUAAGCAGCUCAGUGGACAAAAUCAGCUUACACGAAAUAAUUGUCAAAGUAGAGAGCUCGAAUUACAAAGCCAAUAUGAAAAUGAGCACCGCGGACCCACCUCGACACUGUAUCAGAAAAAUACGUCUAGCAAAGAAUCCACUAACGUGUCAAAGACGGUCGAUUUGCGAAAAAUAUUUACACCUGCGACCGAUGCUGCUGAAAUAUUACCGAAUCGAAAGCUAUAUGCCUCGUCUGCAUUUUAUUCUCCAACACUACACCCUACAGUGGAAGACCAAGUCGAGCUAGCGCGAAGAAUUUCACAUUCAUUAAGCGAUAUCAGUAACCAAACCUCUAAGGGUCAGUCAAUGUAUGUCAAUCGCAAAAAACGGUCAGACAAAUGGGUUCAUGAAGGUAGAUCUCAAGGGAAUGAUGCUAUAAAUCCAUAUAAAGAAAAUUCUGAAACAAAUUCCACAAUUGAACUUAAAAAGUUGGAAAAAAUACCUCUAAAGCUUAUAAUGAACCCAAAUGGAAAAGUUCGUGAUUAUAAUUCGCUAAAAGAAUUGAUUAAUGUAGAAGCUGGCCUUUUAUCGCCUGACAAUUGCGCUGAACUAAUAACUGCACUUCAACUUCAUCAAGGACGAGGUGCAGAACUUUUUGCAAAGCGCCGCAGAAAGGCUGAUAAUUGGGUUGUUGAUGAAUCCCAUUCAGGGACUCAAUAUCAUCCAUCUGGUAUUCCAGAUUUGCAGCAGUAUCACCAAAGACCGAAUCUAAGCCCAAACAUUUUGCCGGCGUAUUCUGAUGCUGGGAAGCAUCGCGUCCAAUUGAACAUUCAUCAAAAUCAGCUAAUUGAGAGGUAUUCAAAACCGGGACUGCAGGUCGUCCAGUCUCCUUGGAAAGCAGCUUUGCAAACUGGUUCAGCGAGCUCAGCGUUUCUAGAGGAUACCAAGGACCAAUGUUUUUUACCUCCUGCUUUAUCACCAAUUCCGUAUUCCCAAACUUGUUGUAAGGACUCGACGGACGCUAUUGAGCCCAUGUCAUAUGGUUCUCCCAGAUACCAUACAAAUGCAAUUGCUUCUUCGUCACGAUCCGUCAUUGUACCCUCGAAUCCACAAAGGGAUCUCGCAUAUACACCAUGCGUUGCUCAGGGCUGGGGAAGCCGAAAUGUGGAACUACCGAAAGAUUCUUUUCAAUGUAACGAAAGUGAAUCACCGUGGCAGACUCAAACCCAUUUCGGGAGAGCAGAUGACAGCGAUCAUAGCUUUAAUAAUAAUAUAUUCGGAGAGAGCAUGGCAUCUAACUUUGCUUUUGAUGUGCAGAAUCGAUUACAUUCCCUAGAAAAAUUUCAAAAAUACUUUUUGGAUUACCAGCGCCUUGAAGUAGAAAUUUUACGAAACAGGGAAGGUGCUGCUCGUGAAUUACAGCCCGAGGCUUAUGAAAGCAUUAACGAUUUAACUCCACAAAAUGAAUUUAAUGUGUUAAGUGGCGAAGAAUUAAAAACCAAUUAUGACCUAGAUGAAAAGGUAAAUGUGCGUGAAUUAAUUGAAUCUUUUGAGAAACAAAGUACAACGAAACUAAGACACGUCGUAGCACCAAUAGAAGGCAAUGAAGGCUUAUACGUUCCGAAAGAAAUAUCUCUCUCUAGCUAUGCAGCACCCCCACAACAAUGCGGAGGGCACGCGAAACAUGGUGAACUGUCAUACGACGACUCUUUUUCGCACACGUUACCAAGGACCAACUUUUAUGCUAAUGAAAAUUCGGUUGGAAACAUUGGCAUAGGAGAAUUCCCUUUAUCAAAGCCAUUGACAACUGGACUUAAUAUUGGAACCCCAAAGCAGGAGCCUUACUCACCGCCUAGCUAUACAAAAAUAGUACCUGGGCUCGAAAAAGUCAAAUUUAAUCAGGCACCACUACCCACAGAGAAUUUGGCUAGGUAUGAACAACCCGAUAGGAGAAGCUUGACAAGUGGAAGUCCACAGUACCUAAAUGCACUACAAAACUCUCAAAUACGCAACGCAUCGCCAAUACCUUUUGGAACUUCUUUGAAUGAACAGACUUCGUGGCGUCCAAAAGGCCUACUAAAGGGAACCUCGCUCUCUCCGCUGCCGAACCAAGUUCAAACCUUUAACAAAUGUGCCAGGGGUUGGCGAUCCACACCAGUCAAGGAACAGUCCUAUUCAAGUCAAUACACCUCACCAUUAGCUGGAAACUUACCGUACUCUGAUUUUUAGGUGUUGCUUUAGCAACUAAGCGAUUUACGACAUUAACCAAUUACUUACACGAUUAUAAAAAAAAUA